CAGAGAAGAUGGUACGUCCCCUUUCCUUCACUUUGCCCUAGCCUUUUCUCUCUGCUGGAUUAGGUGAGCUGUAGACACAGAGGAAAGUGAACAAUGUGGACAGCAGUGGUAUUUGCGUUCCUGCUGCUAAGUAUGGAUAUGCAGGUGAGCGAUGCUGUAGAUAAGACAAGGGGGUCUGUGGCAGAAAACUCCAGGCCACAAAAGGAGAAGAAGACAGGAGAGGCUGAAGGCAACGACAUCAAUCCAGCAAGUAAGACAGCUUCCUCAGGUUUCGUGGGCAACCUGCUGGUGGUACCUGUAGAUGGAAGUCACUGGGUGGAUGUAAAGGCCCUUGCACAGGAAAUGGGUCGCCGUGGACAUCGGGUCACAGUGGUAAUGCCGGAGAUCAGCAUGAGGAUGGGUCCAGGGAAACACUACGACACCGUAACCUAUUCUGUUCCUUAUGACAGGUCUCUUAUUGACUCUAUCAUGGCCACGACCAAGGAUGUAAUGCAAAAAUCAACACAGUCUUUCACAGAGAAGAUAAGAAAACGAUUCUCACAUAUUCAAAAAAUUACAGGCUUGAUUCACUCCACUGCAGAAAGCCUACUUUUCAAUGACAGUCUAAUCUCGCAACUGGCACAGCAGGGCUUUGAUGCUGUCCUAACAGAUCCCUUGGUGCCCACAGGCUCCUUAAUAGCUCGAAAAUUUGGUAUCCCCACUAUUAAUCUGCUGAGGGGAAUUCCAUGUUCAUUGGAUAUGAAGUCUGCAGGUUGCCCAUCCCCACCCUCGUAUGUGCCUCGUUUCUUCACUGGAUACACUGAUAAAAUGAAUUUCAGGGAGAGGACUUUCAAUACUUUGGUGGCUCUGCUGGAGCCACUGAUGUGCAGACUGCUGUACUGGCACUUUGAUCACAUAGCCAAUCAUUUCUUGGGAGAGGAGGUGGGCAUAACUGAAGUGUUGUCAGAGUCUGCUAUCUGGCUGCUGAGAACUGACUUCACACUGGACCUCCCACGCCCUCUCAUGCCUAAUAUAGUACUAGUUGGCGGAAUCAACUGUGACGUGAGAAAUCCUCUGCCUAAAGAUUUGGAGUCCUGGGUGUCUGGAGAGCAUGGGUUUGUGGUCUUCACUCUGGGUAGCAUGAUUUCAGACAUGCCAGAAGAGACAACCUCCAUCUUCUUAGAUGCCUUCAGACAGAUUCCUCAGAAGGUAAUAUGGAGAUACACUGGGCAGGUUCCUGGCAGUGUCCCAGAAAAUGUGAAAAUAAUGGAAUGGGUGCCUCAGAAUGACUUGCUAGCACAUCCUGGAGCUCGGGCUUUCAUCACUCACGCUGGCUCACACGGAGUCUUUGAGGGACUGUGUCAUGCUGUUCCCAUGGUGAUGGUGCCCAUCUCGGGCGAUCAGCCGGACAAUGCGCAGAGGCUGGCGAUCAGAGGAGCAGGAGUUGUGCUGGAUGUCUUAUCCAUCACUACAGAGAGCCUUCUUCAGGGGCUGAAUGACAUCAUCAAUGACACAAGGUAUAAAGAGAACGUGCAGAAGCUGUCAGCUCUACAUAAAGACCGACCAAUUGACCCACUUGACCUUUCAGUGUACUGGACAGAAUUUGUGAUGCGGCACAAAGGAGCAAAACACCUCAGACCUGCUGUCCAUGACCUCAACUGGUUCCAGUACUUCUGCCUGGAUGUAAUAGUGCUACUGGGUUCCAUACUGCUGAUUUUUGUAGUAUUGACAGUAAAAUGCUUGAAACUAUGCCUCCGUUACCUGAUCAGGAAGAUCAAACAGGACUAAACUAGCACUAGGUACACUUUCAUCUCAGCAGUAGUACUGUAUGUUAGGGGAGAUUAAAAAAUGAAUCACUGAAAUAGUAACAUAAAGUUAUUAUGGUUUACAGGUAAGAAGAAUAAGAGAAGCCAUGUGGUGAUCGAAUAAACAUUUAAUAAACAGAAAAUACAAGA